AUGUACGAGUUCUUGUUGUAUUAUCAACAAGAAUCAGCAAAGCUGCGUCAACAAAUUCAGUUGCUACAGAAUUCUAACAGGCACUUAAUGGGAGAAGCCGUGAGUAAUCUGUCGGUGAAGGAGCUAAAGCAGCUGGAGAAUAGGCUCGAAAGAGGCAUGACUAGAAUCAGGUCAAAGAAGCAUGAAUUGCUGCUAGCUGAAAUUGAGUAUAUGCAGAAAAGGGAGAUUGAGCUGGAAAAUGAAAGUGCCUGUCUUCGAACCAAGAUAGCGGAAGUUGAGAGGCUUCAACAAGCCAACAUGGUCACCGGAGAUGAGCUGAAUGCAAUCCAGGCAUUAGCAGCCUCUCGCAAUUUCUUUGCUCCUCAUUUUCUUGAGGGUGGAACUGCAUACCCACACACUUAUAACAGGAAGAUUCUCCAUCUUGGGUAAGAAACUGGAGAACUGAUGUAUUUUGAUACACAUGUAAUCCAGAAAAUGAAGACACUACGAUAUUAUCUGAUAGUGUGUGCCCUAGUUAAGAUCAGUCCUUGAAGUACUGCAGGUCAAUGUAAGCUGGAUGUGUUCUAGCUGGAAAGAUAUCAACAUUAUUAAUUGGCACUGCUUUAAUUUGUAAGGAUUUUUUGUAUGAACUCUACUAAAUCACUGUUGAAAGGCAGUUGUUAUGCUAGUUCUAGUCUGAAGGAUUUCUAUCAGAUAAAUAAAGUUCAUAUAUAGAUAUAAA